UACAAACGGAGGUGAGGGUGAAGGCGACGACGACGACAAUGACGCCUACUACAGAGGGAGGUGAAUUCGACGACGACGUUGCUGGGGUUCUCCGCACCUGGGGUCCGUCAAAGUCACCUGUUCCGUUCUUCCCUUCCGUCGAAGUCAAGACCCAACAAGUAUUGAAUCCUCUCUCUCACGGUAGACAGACUCUAUGGGUGGAAAAUCACCUACAAGCACCAAUUGUAAAGGCAAAGAAGCAACAAUCUAAGGAUGUCCAAAAUGAGUUCAACAUGAGGCUCACUCAGAUUGUUACCCAGUUCAAGGAACAAGGCUUAAAUAAUGAGCUCUACUACAAAAACAAAGAAAUGGGAGAGACAAACAACAUUGUACCUACAAGUGCCAUUACAUAUGAUUUACUAACUCUGGGUUCAUAUUUCAAUUGUAUUGUAUUAGAGGUUAAGGUCAUUGAAGGUCAUGGGACAACUAUUGACGUUUUACUAGUCAACGGAGUGCUUCAUGAAGGAGAUCAAAUUGUUGUUUAUGGCAUGAAAGGACCAAUUGUUGCUAGCAUUCGAGCAUUGUUAACACCCCAUCCCAUGAAAGAGCUCCGUGUCAAGGGAACAUAUCUACAUCACAAGGAAAUCAAGGCUGCACAGGGUAUAAAGAUCACAGCACAGCAUGCUAUUGCUGGUACUAGUCUAUAUGUGGUGGGCCCUAAUGAUGACUUGGAAGAUAUCAAGGAAACAACUAUGGAGGAUAUGAAGUCUGUCAUGAGCAGGGUCGACAAGAGUGAUGAAGGAGUUUGUGUGCAAGCAUCUACUCUUGGUUCCUUGGAAGCAUUGCUGGAGUUUCUUAAAACCCCAUAAGUAAAUAUUCCUGUUGGUGGUAUAAGCAUAAGCCCUGUACACAAGAAAGAUGUCAUGAAGGCCAGUGUGAUGCUAGAAAAGAAAAAGGAGUUUGCGAGAAUUUUAGCUUUUGACGUCAGAAGGUGGCCAUUAAGGUAAUAUUUAAUGUGAUGUUUGAUGCAUGUAUUAGUCAAGUUGAAUUUGUUGUCUGUUGUGUAGCAAGUAUGGAUUUCAUGCGUUGUCAACAUUAUCAAUUAAGUAAAAUAUCAGGUUUAUGGC